AUGCACGAACCCGAGUCGACAAAUUUGGUCGACAGCCCCACUGCAUUUCACGACAACCACCCUUUACGCAUCAAGCUACCCGCAUUGACUAUCAUGAAUCUUCGACGCUCGACCCGGCGCACGUCGAGCAUAGCCUCUGGAUCAGAGUACCAUGCCAGCGAGAAAUCUGUCGACAUGGAUGCACCCAACGAACCUGAAGAGGAGGACGAGACAGAGAAGCCAGUCUUCGGGCAAACCAGAUCCGGAAGGAGGAUAGUCAAGAAGACUUAUGUCGAGAGUACCGAGGGAGAAGAUGACGAAAUCGUCCAGAAUACCGCUUCCACCAGGGCGAAGCGGCCACGCCACGACGAUGCAGACGAUGAAGACGAGGACGAAGCACCACCCCGGCGUUCAAAUCGAACUCACAAGUUGAAUGGCUUCGUGAUUAGUGAUGAGGACGACAAGUCGCCCAAUGGGACUUACGGAACACGACGCUUGCGACCGAGGCCCGCCAAAACCUCUCAGCCACCCCCGCCUUCAGAACUUACUGCUGAGGAGAAGAAGAGGAGGCAAGAGGCACAGCGAGCCCAGCGUGCCGCGAGACGCCACCAAAGUCGUGCCCCUCAGCCAGGAGAGGAAGAUUUCCACCCUGACCACACCUCAUCUGGCGCGUCUGCUGAUGGGGAUGGGUCUUUCGAUGAGGCACCCCACACCUCUUCCGACCUGGAACCCCCACCAGAGCCUGAGCCCGAGCCGGAAGAGGCGGACGACCAAGACGAUGGAAGGCCCUAUGCGCUGAGACAAAGGCAAAAGGUGAACUACGCUAUUCCGCCUCCCCUCGAAGAGCUGCCACCACCGCCGAAGAAUGGAGGACGGAGUAAUGGUAGGAAUGGCCGCGGUGGCGGUCCGGGGAAGAGCAAAGGACGUGGACUAGGCUGGAGUGCAAGUGGUGCUGAACUUGGAAGGUGGAUGGGCAUGGGCGACGAUUCCGAUUCGGAUUAUCCGACGAGGACUCCUCGGAAAGGCUUUGGGGGAAUGAAUCCAUUCGGUGCUGUUCCUGCGGGUGGAAUGAUGCCCGGAGACCUUGCUGCUGCAGGCACACCUUCGAACCUUGGAAAAAUCGGCGAUGCAGCUCUUGCCGACGCUGACCCACUUGGCGUAAAUCAGAAUGUGACUUUCGACGAAGUAGGUGGAUUGGACGAUCAUAUCCAUGCCCUGAAGGAGAUGACUCUGCUUCCCCUGUUGUACCCAGAAGUCUUCCAAAGAUUCAACGUCACACCGCCACGAGGUGUGCUGUUCCAUGGUCCUCCCGGAACCGGUAAAACUCUGUUAGCACGAGCACUAGCGGCGAGCUGUAGGACGGGCGGAAAGCAGAUCUCCUUCUUCAUGCGUAAAGGGGCGGACUGCUUAUCCAAGUGGGUCGGAGAGGCUGAGCGUCAACUCCGUCUUCUCUUCGAAGAAGCGAAGAACUCGCAGCCCUCGAUCAUCUUCUUUGACGAGAUCGACGGUUUGGCGCCUGUUCGAUCGUCUAAGCAAGACCAGAUCCAUGCAUCGAUUGUCAGCACUUUACUCGCCCUGAUGGACGGCAUGGACGGGCGAGGGCAGGUCGUCGUCAUUGGUGCGACAAACAGACCCGACGCCGUCGAUCCUGCCCUUCGAAGACCUGGUCGCUUCGAUCGGGAAUUUUACUUCGGGUUACCCUCUUUGGAGGCGAGAGAGAAGAUUUUGAGUAUCAUGACGAGGAAGUGGGAAGGAUGGGGCGCUUCCGAAGAGGAUAAGAUGGAAGAGGAGGAGAAAGAAAUCAAGGAGAGGGUUCAAGGGCUGGCCAAGCUUACAAAGGGUUACGGAGGUGCUGAUCUGAGGGCGCUGUGCACUGAAGCAGCUCUGAACGCUAUUCAGAGAAGAUACCCACAGGUGUACAAGAGCAAUGAUCGUCUACUCCUGAAGCCCGAAACGAUUGGCGUGGGUCUCCGUGACUUCAUGAUUUCCAUCAAAAAGCUAGUGCCAUCUUCUGCUCGUUCGUCCUCUUCUGCAGCCACGCCUCUACCAAGUCAGUUUGUGCCGUUGUUGGAUGGCACGUUGGACAAGGUCAAGGAGGUCAUCCAACGCGUGAUGCCAGUGGAAAAGCGACUGACCGCAUUGGAAGAGGCUGAGUUCGAAGAUGAGGGUGGAGAAGAAGGUGCUCUAGAAAGGGAGAUGUUUUCUCAAGCCAUGCAGAAACUGCGAGUGUACAGGCCACGUAUUAUCAUUCAUGGUCCUGUUGGCAUGGGACAAGGUUAUGUUGGCGCUGCUGCCCUGCAUCAUUUGGAAGGUUAUCAUGUUCAAAGUCUUGAGCUUGGGACCCUGAUGGGAGACUCUACUCGUACUGCUGAAGCAGCCAUCGUCCAAUUGUUUGUUGAGGCGAAGCGAAAUCAACCUUCUGUGAUCUACAUACCUUCUCUUGUGGGCUGGUGUGCAGCUGUAUCGGAGACGUCUCGGUCCACGGUUCGCGCUAUGCUUGAUACCCUUGCGCCUACAGAUCCUAUCCUCCUCCUUGCCGUCGUCGACGGACGAUUCGCAGAUCUUCCUCGAGAUGUGAAGGCGUGGUUUGGUCCAACGAAGGAUAACAGGGUCGAACUCAUAUCGCCGAGUGCAUCACAACGCGAGGCAUACUUUGAAGGCCUUCUCAAAGACGUCCAACGCCCGCCGAAUCAAUUCGCGGAUGGUAUGCAGCGAAGAAAGAGGAUACUGGAGGACCUACCAAUUGCCCCACCUAUUGAGCCUAGAAAGCCUACUGCGGCGGAGCUUGCUUUGCAGGAGGAGAACGAUCAGAAAACGAUCACUCUUCUGAAGUAUAGGCUUGGGCCUAUAUUGACAGAGCUAAAGAGGAAGUUCAAGAGAUUUACGAAGCGAGCAACGGAAGAGUAUAAUUUCGAGGCACAGGAUGUCAAUAUGAAUGGGAUGGAUACGGUGUCCACUACUGCCAUCGAAGUUCAUCAAGGCCCAAAUGCGGUCAUCGACAUCACAGGUGAUCAACCAAUCCAACUCGUCAAUGGGACGCAGGAUGUACCGAUGAACGGCAUCGUCAUGGAACAGCAGCAAAUUAUGCGGCAGCUUCCUCCACUCUUUGAUAUGGACCUGGAAAGGAUGCAAGCCGAAUUAUUCAAGGGACGUUACCUUACACCUCAGGACUUCCUGGACGACGUUGGCAAGAUGGUACAUAAUGCCGACGUUAGAUCUUAUGAGGAUCCAGAGCGGCUUUACAGAGCGCAGGCCAUGUUCACUGCGACCCAGGUCAGCAUUCAGGAAUUCGAUCCACAGUUGAGGCUCGAAUGCGAGAGGAUGGCUGUCCGCGAAAGGCAGAGGAGAGAGGAACGGAAGAAGGAGAAGGAUAAGAACAAGGGCAAGGAUAAAGAGCAGGACGGCAACGCUGUUGCUCUUGGCACAAGGAGAAGUGCACGGAACAAUGGCCUUCAGCCAGAGCAUCCUAUAACUGAUCCAGUCAAACUGGAACGCCGGUUGAAGAGGCAACGAGGUGAAGAAGGAACGUCAGGCGACUCUCAUGGGUCUGAAGGAGAGGCUCAUACUGUGGAUAUCGUCGAGGGCGGUCGCGAUGCUAAACGGUCGAGGGUCAUUGAUGAGCACGAUGACGAUCGUGACCCAUUAGACACUCUCGGACGAACGCCGGUUUCAGAGAUUCGACAUAUUGUUCGAUUUGCGCCUCAACCCGCAGAGCCUCUGCCACCUCUCCUGGAAGUGCCCGAAAUACAAUAUCCAAUGCUGCCACAACACCAGCAUCCCAUCCCCAUCGACCCGUCACUCCAAGAGCCUCAUCACUUCUUCCCUCAGCCACAUUUUGACCAACGCAUGGUUGUGGAUGAGUCUCCACGUCGUGGCCCUGGAUUUGAUCCUUCCUUGUUGAAUCCUAUACAACCUUCAGAAAAUAUGUUCCAUCAACCAUCGAUGUUUGCUCCGAGACCGAACGACAGCCCGUUCAAUUUCCCCCAAGUUGGCGGGUACGACCCUUCUGACCCUUUCAUGUCUUCACCCCAUCCCCAGCAUCCUUAUAACCAACCACCUCAGCCACUGACAUUCACCCAGAUGCUCGCAAACACGCCAACGCCACCUCCGCGGACAAUGUCAAUGUCGCGUAGUCCAGCUCCACAACUACCACGUCAGCUCUCUAGACAACCUUCUAGACAACCCUCUAGGCAGCCAACGCCGCUUCCUGGUCCCUCUACAUCACCUGCUGAGCCUGCCCCGAUGGUUGUGGAACGCAGCCCGACACCUCCUUUGCCCGACUUCAUUGUCUCGAAUUUUUUGGUCUCCGACCUGCGUCAGCUCCUUGUUGAGAAGACGGCUGGGUUAACCAUCGAACAGCUCGAGCAGCUGCGAGCGACGUGCCUCGGUUGUAUAUGGCGUCAUCGAAAGGAGUGGGAGCGGGAUGACUUGGUUCGAGAAUUGAUCAGGGAUGUAAACGACUUCGUGGACGAGGUACGGGAGCAAGAAGAUGCUUCUGAUGCAUGA